AAUUAAAAUAUAUCAAAAAAAAGUAUAAAAAGUGAUAAAACAUUAACUUGCCAUUGCAUGGAAUGUCACUCCUCUUCCAUGCCACACGCUGACUGGACUAUUUCUGAUUGGUUGAAAAGUUACUUGUCAUCGUGUGGCAAUUUUUUUUGUCUUGCACAUGCUAUUAGAGCUUCAUCAAACUCCACCACUCUCCUUCAUCGGCCAUUGCGACUUCACUUAUCACUUUUUUUUACGGUACUUCACUUAUCACUAAUGGCGGCGGAAGCAUCGUCAUCCUCCAUGGAGACGGCGAUGUCUCCGGUGACGGAGGAGGAGGUCAGCCUGACGGUGAAGUGGAGCGGCAAAGAGUAUACCGUCGCCGUCUGCGGCAGCGACACCGUCAGCGAGCUGAAGCGACGGAUUUGUGAAGCCACAAACGUGCUGCCAAAGCGCCAGAAGCUUCUCUACCCCAAAGUCGGAUCCAAACUCUCCGACGAUUCCCUUCUUCUCUCUCAAAUUCCAAUCAAGGCCUCCAUCAAAAUGACAAUGAUCGGUACCCUUGAAGAUGAAAUAUUUGUGGAUCAAGCGGACUCUGCAGAUAUAGUCGACGAUUUUGAAAUAGGACAGGAGGAAGCUGUUGAUAUUAAAGAUAAAGAAGUCAACAAACAGAAACUGAGAAGGCGUAUUGAAAACUACAAGAUUAAGCUUCGCAAUCCAUGUCGGGAAGGGAAAAAGCUGCUUGUUCUUGAUAUCGACUACACUUUAUUUGAUCACCGAUCAACAGCAGAGAACCCACUUGAGCUCAUGAGACCUUAUCUUCAUGAGUUUCUCUCUGCUGUUUAUGCUGAGUAUGAUAUCAUCAUAUGGUCUGCAACUAGCAUGAAAUGGGUUGAAUUGAAAAUGGAUCAACUUGGUGUUCUCAGCAAUCCUAACUAUAAAAUUACUGCAAUGCUUGAUCAUCUAGCAAUGAUAACAGUCCACUCGGACACUCGUGGGAUCAUUGACUGCAAGCCACUUGGCCUAAUUUGGGGCAAAUUCCCAGAGUUUUAUGGCCCGAAAAACACUAUUAUGUUCGACGACUUGAGGAGGAACUUUGUGAUGAAUCCACAAAAUGGGCUGACCAUAAAGCCAUUCAAGAAGGCACACGCGAGCCGAAGCACUGAUCAGGAACUCAUGAACCUUACCCAGUAUCUGCUAGCCAUUGCUGAUCUAGACGACUUGAGUGGCCUCAACCACAAGGAUUGGGAAUCAUAUAAUGAGGACAAUGUUAAGCGACGUCGGCAUUCUUGAUGCUCUCAACCAAUCAUUCAAAUGUAUGAGAAGCCAAGGAAGGUAUGAUUGAAUGAACAACCCCCAUGGCUUUUACCAAAACGAAUACCAGUAACUAUAAUUGUUUCCAGUGUUCUGCCCAACCCAGAACUUGUUAAACAUGCUGGAAAAUUGGAGAAUCAGUUGGCAUGCUAUCAUUAUUUUUAUACAUUUCUCCAAUGCCACAUAUGAUGACAAUGCAAAUUAUACACCCUCGGUCCCACAACAUUUUUCCACUUUCCUUUUUCAUCUGUCCCAAAAUAAUGUUAUCACAUUUUUCUCUUUCCCUUCUUAGAAAAGAAUAUGU